AAUGACCUCGACAUCUACUCGCCGCCAUGGGAAAAUUGUCCAUAUCGAAGAAAUCCAGGCCCAGAGCAUGUCGGGUUCCUCUGUUCGUGUGAUAGGAACACUACUGACAUAUGACACAAACACAUCCCUGGCCGUUAUUGAACAUGCACGCUCGCAGCUCGUUGUGGACCUCAGUCUACUAGGACCCUUCUCAAAUCGGACGAAAUCCCUUCUGCAAUUCAUCGGCGAGGUAGAAACAUGGCAGCCGCCACCGAAUCUUCCGUUCUCUUGUCUUCCGUCUGCGUCUCGGAACUAUCUUAUUCUGCGCGCUCGAAUUGCUCGAAAUGUUGAUGGUCUUGACCUGUCGAUGUAUGAUCAAGCUUUACAGAUCAGAAGGAAGUUUGAAGUUGAGAGAGAGUCUUUGAACUUUUGACAUGAUAUUUCUUUCUGUUUCCAAAUGGAGGGCGUUUCAGAUCAUACAUAGAUAGGGAGCAUAUCGUUAAUCUGGUUUAAUAGGCUCAUCUGUGAGAUUCUCCAUAAUAUGACGCGUAAUAGUAUCACUUUGAAGACUCGUGGCCUUCUUGCGAUGUGGGAAGCGAGUAAGAUAUCAAAUAGAUGCGCUCUUGGAAGA